UGUUUCAUGAUUACAUAACUUCUUUCUAGUUAGGAGUUAGUACAGUGUGAGAAGACCAUCUACAAUCAAGAUUUUGAGUGGCUCUAACAAGUGCUGUUUUUCCUUGUUAGCUUUCAUUUUUUCAGCCCUUUACAAGAUUAUAAUAGUCUGCAGUUUAAUCUUUCCAAAGCUUUACAGACAGUGAUUCGGUCCUAAACAAGACAGUGACUCCAGAAUUUCUGAAGACUAUUUUGGAAGAAAUAUCCAUUAAGGCCAAGCUAUGACUUCAGAAAUGGUGAAUGAAUACAAGAAAAUAGUUUUGCUGAAAGGAUUCGAGAACAUGGAUCAUUAUCAUUUUACAACAAUUAAGUCCUUACUGGCCUGUGAUUUAGGACUAACUUCAAAAAUGCAAGAGGAAUACAACAGAAUUGAGAUUUUAGAUUUGAUGGUAAAAAAGUUCCCAGGUGUUGCCUGUGUAGACAAACUAAUUGAACUGGCUAGAGAUAUGCCGUCACUUAAAAACCUUGUUAACGAGCUUCGAAAAGAGAAGUCAAAAGUUGCUAAGAAAAUGAAAGCAAAAGAAAUAACUCGAAUGAAAAAAGGAAACCAGGAAAAAGUGGGUACUGCAGAACCUGCACCCACCGCAAGAAACACGCUCACAUCUGAGAGAGGAGAGAAGAUUCCUGUAGCUCAGAAAAGAAAAACUCCUAUCAAAGAAAAGACUGGAGUCAAAAGGAACAAGGUGACCCAGGAGCAGAGUCAGCCCUCACAUCCCUCAGGAGCCAGCACAUCUGAAGCUAUGGGCCAUCCCCCAGCACCCCAGACCCCGUCAUCAGCUCCAUCCAACACUUCAUUUACUCAGAAUCAGAAAACCCAGGCCCUAUGUCAGGUGGAUGCAAGAAGAAAUGUCCUCCAGAAGGGCCCAUUGACAGUGAUGGUACUGAAAGCAACAGAGCCAUUUAAAUAUGAGUCCCCAGAAAAAGGGAAAAGCACAAUGUUUCAUGCUACAGUGGCAAGUAAGACUCAAUUUUUUCAAGUGAAAGUCUUCAAUACCGACUUGAAAGAGAAAUUCAUGAAGAAGAAGGUCAUUACCAUAUCUGAUUAUUUUGAAUGUAAAGGAAUAAUGGAAAUAAAUGAAGCAUCAUCUGUGUCUGAAAUUGAUCAAAAUUUUGAGGUCCCAAACAGAAUUAUCAAAGAAGCAAAUAAAACUCCCAAGAUCAAUCACCUUUAUAAGCAAGCAUCUGGAACAAUAGUGUAUGGGUUGUUUAUGUUAAAAAAGAAAACAGUACACAAGAAGAACACAAUCUAUGAAAUACAGGAUAAUACAGGAACCAUGGAUGUAGUGGGGAAUGGAAAAUGGCACAAUAUCAAGUGUGAGGAAGGAGAUAAGCUUCGACUCUUCUGCUUUCAACUGAGAACAAUUGACUACAAGCUGAAACUGAUGUGUGGAAUUCACAGUUUCAUCAAGGUCAUCAAGACCAAGAAAAACAAGAAGGACCAAUGAAUAUUAAUUGAAAUCUGCAAGCUGCAAUGCAACAAACAACUUCUGCUUAAAACAAUUGUUAAUAACUGUGAUUGUGUAAAUGUUCAGUAACACAUUGUAAAUAACGGAUUUAGUAGAUAUAUUCUAGCAUAUUAACAGCAUUUAUAUCUAAGUUAUAGAUGAGGUUGCUUUCUGGAUUAAAAUUUUCAUCUUAUAGGCUUCCA